GGAUGCUGGUGAGAGAGCUGGCAGUGUUAAACACACAGAUUUGCAAGAUUGAGCAGCACAUUUUCAUCUCUCGUGCUGGCAUGAUGGUAUUGGAUGAACUGUCCUCUCAGCUUGAAGAGGUAGCCAUUCAUCUGCAGUACGUGGAUGAGGAGGUUCGGCAGCAGCCCUGUCUGGCUUUAAUCCCUUGGUCUGGACCCUUGUGUGUUCCUAUCUUUCCUGUCUUCUCCAAGGCCAAACCAGUCUACUACCUCACUCGUGCUGGGAGAAUGCUGGUAACAGAGCUUGCAGUGUUAAACACACAGACUUCCAAAUUGGUUAUUGAGGAGUCUACCAUUCACCUCACUGAAGCUGGGAGGCUAGUGCUUGACCAACUGUCAGCACCUUCAGAUAGCCAUUCACAGCCAAAUAGGGAAGACUCUGGUUUUCCCUAUGAGAAGUUGCAGCUGGUUGGGAACUGGGGUUCGUUUCAUUUCCAUUACUGGAAGAUCCAUUAUAGACGAGUGCAGCAAAAUGAAGAGGACAUGCAUCACCUGUGCAUUGUGAGGGGAGUGGAGAAGCAGCUGUGGUGGAGCAGAGUCAUCCAGGAAAAAAUCCUGGACCCAUGGGGUCUCGUCCAGGUGGUCCUCACCAACAACAAGGUGACUGGUAUUAAGUUCCUUGGUAGAAGGAUCCAUGGACUCAUGUCCUGCCUCGUCAAGAGGAGGUCUGAGUUCACCUAUUAUGAGGAUGCCCAGCAGGUGGAUAUCUCCACCACAGUGGAGGGGUACCAGGAGAGGGGGGAUGAGAUGAUGGCAUAUCAGUUCUCCACCUCUGACAUCAUCACCACCCCUCAUGAGCCGUCCUCUGGCUCCUCUCACCAGUCCCCCCAGAAUUCUCCGCCUCCCCCUUUCCCUUCCGAUUCCCCUCCCAGUCCCCCUCCACCUUACCACUCCACCCAGGACCAGGACCAGACCCCUGACAGCACUCCUCAGGAGUUUGAGGAGGAGUUUGUGGAGGAGCAAAAUAAUGCUGCAGAUGUGCCCCAGUUGCGGCGUUACUUUGAAAACCAAGGGACAACCAACUUCUCUCUGAGGCUGGCCGGUAUCAGACGUGCUAUGGAGGCUCUGACAUCCUCAGACAGUACCUCCCUCAAUUACCUCACCCACGCUGGGAGGAUGGUGUUGAGUGGACUAUCCGAGCUCAACCAGCAGGAUGUGAGGCAGUUUCAGCAGGCCUACGACCUACUGGUGAACUUCAUUAAUGAGCCAGCAAACAGGGAGCGACUAGAGCAGGAGAUGGCUCUCGUAGGAAUCGACCGCAUCAACUUCGCAGAUGUUUUUUAUGAAUUCAUUCUACUAAGCCUUCUAGAAGGAAAGACAUCUCUUCCUAUAUCUGAGCCUGGUAGCUUCCUUUAUCUGCUCCUGCAAGUCAUAAUGAGGAUUGACCCUCCUGGAGGAGCCUGGACAGAGGCUGCUGAGAACUUCUACCUCCUCGUUAAGGGCCAGAUGAAGGUAUGGCUAGAAUCCAUCUUCAACCUCAAUGACUCAAUCUAUGAAAGCCCAGAGAGGCUCUCGGGGGAGGUGAUGAGGAAUCUAGAAAUACAGGUUGAGUUCCUGCUGUCCAGCCUGGAUUAAGGUUCCCAAACUGAGCUGAGGGGCCCAUCACAAAAUAAAGUGUUUUGCAUUUAAACAUUAUCUGUCAAUCGUAAACAAAUGUUACAUCAUGUGUAGGGGAGAGUGGGGUAAGUUGAGCCAUUUUUUACAUUCAGCAUCACUCUGUCA